UGCACUUAAGAAUGAACAUUGAAGAUAAGCUAGGAGGAUUGUUUCUUAAAUGUGGUAGCAUAGAACAAAUGCCAUCAUCGAGGGAUAUGGUUGGAAUGGGUGCCACCUCUGACCAGUCGGCAGUUUCUGUAGAACGGCAAGAAGCAGUGCUUCAAGACCGGGCUAUGGCACGUCAAGAAAUUCUUUCUGCAGAUGAAGUUUUACAAGAAAGUGAACUCAGACAACAAGAAAUGAUCCCACAUGAUGAACUUAUGGUCCAUGAAGAGACGGUGAAAAAUGAUGAUGACAUGGAGGGACAAGACAGACUUCCUCAAGGGCUUCAUUAUGCAGUUAAUGUUCCUCAGAUCAGUGUGAAACAAGAAAUUACAUUUACUGAUGUGGCUGAGCAGCAGAAACGGGACAAAAAGCUAAUGCGAGAAGGUAUAGAUAUGCAAAAAAAGAAGAAAAGAAAGCAGCGUUCUCCAGCAAAGAUCCUUACAAUAAAUGAGGAUGGAUCACUUGGUCUGAAAACUACCAAAUCUCAUAUUUGUGAGCAUUGUAAUGCUGCCUUUAGAACCAACUACCAUUUACAAAGACAUGUCUUCAUUCAUACAGGUGAAAAACCAUUUCAGUGCAAUCAGUGCGAGAUGCGUUUCAUACAGAAGUACCUGCUACAGAGACAUGAGAAGAUUCAUACUGGUGAGAAACCAUUUCGAUGUGAUGAAUGUGGCAUGAGGUUCAUACAGAAAUAUCACAUGGAAAGACACAAGAGAACUCAUAGUGGAGAGAAGCCUUAUCAGUGUGAAUACUGCUUGCAGUUCUUCUCAAGGACUGAUCGUGUACUGAAACACAAACGUAUGUGCCAUGAAAACCGUGACAAGAAACCCAAUAGAAGUGCCACCAAAGUUGGCCUUUUGACUCCUGAUGAAGAUCAAGGCUUCCCUAUGUCUUUGAAAGACUGUUCUUUGCCAAAAAAGAAGAGGCAAAAAACUGAGAAAUUGAAAUCUUCUGGGAUGGAUAAAGAAACUGGGACAGAUAAAUCUGAACAUAAGAAAGAUAAGAAUGAUUUCUUGCCAUUGUAUGCUGGCAAUACUAAGAUAAAGGAUGAAUAUAUGGUGGCAGAAUAUGCAGUUGAGCUGCCACAUUCUUCUGUCACUGGAGGGCAUUUACAAGAAGCAAAUUCUGGAGAAAUACACCCACCUAAACUAGUGCUCAAAAAAGUUAACAGUAAGAGAAAUCUAAAGCAGCCACUAGAGCAAAGUCAGACCAUUUCAUCCUUAGCUUCUUAUGAAGACAGCAAGGUUUCAAAAUAUGCCUUUGAUCUUGUGGAUAAACAAGGCUUACUGGAUGCUGAAGCCAAUGCUGACAUUGACCAAGUUGAUUCUUUACAGGAAGGUCCCAGUAAACCUGUACACAGCAGCACAAACUAUGAUGAUGCGAUGCAGUUUUUAAAGAAAAGGCGGUAUCUCCAAGCAGCUAAUAGUAACAGCAGAGAAUAUGCUUUGAAUGUUGGCACUAUUGCAUCGCAGCCUUCAGUCACACAGGCUGCUGUUGCUAGUGUGAUAGAUGAAGGUAGCACAGCAUCAAUAUUGGAUACAUCAGCACUGAAUGUGGAGAUUAAAGGAAACCAUGACAAAAGUGUCAUUCCAGAUGAGGUACUUCAAACUCUUUUAGAUCAUUAUUCCCAUAAAGCCAAUGGCCAGCAUGAAAUUGCUUUCAACGUGGCUGAUACUGAAGUGACUUCCAGUAUAUCCAUAAAUUCUUCUGAAGUGUCAGAGGUUACACAAACUGAGAAUGUUGCAACAAGUUCUCAAGGCUCAUCCUCUGAUAAAGCCAGUAUGUUACAGGAAUAUUCCAAGUUUUUGCAGCAAGCUUUGGACAGAACGAGCCAAAAUGAUGCCUAUUUGAACAACUCAAGCCUUAAUUUUGUGAAUGACAACCAGACUCUUACAGGGCAACCAGCAUUCUCUGCUAUUGACAAACAGGUCUAUGCAUCUAUACCUGUUAACAGUUUUCGAUCAGGAAUGAACUCUCCCUUAAGAACAACUCCAGACAAGUCUCAUUUUGGACUUAUUGUUGGUGAUUCCCAGCACUCUUUUCCCUUUUCAGGUGAUGAGCCAAAUCAUUCUUCAUCAUCCUCUACCCAGGACUUCUUGGAUCAAGUGACUUCUCAGAAGAAGGCAGAGGCACAGCCUGUCCAUCAAGCAUAUCAGAUAGGUUCUUUUGAGCAACCAUUCAGGGCUCAGUAUCAUGGAACAAGAGCUGGAUUAUCAUCUCAGUUUAAUACUGCUAAUGGACAAGUGAACCUGCGGGGACCAGGGACAAGUGCUGAAUUCCCAGAAUUUCCUUUGGUGAAUGUAAAUGAUGCUCGGGCAGGGAUGAACUCAUCACCUGAUGCAACAACAGGCCAAACAUUUGGCUAAGAAAAUCUGUAGAAAUAACAUUGGCACUUUACCACAGGUCUGUUGAGAAUGAGUGUCUUCUGUAUAAGAUGGAUCCUAUACAGAUUUAAGGCCUUGUGUUAUAAUGAAAAAGUAAGCUGGUACAGCAUAUUAGUAAUUACUUUUUUUAAUUAAUUGUCAUUCUUUUUGAAUUGCCUUAUAAGUGGGUGUCCAUUGAAAAGGCAGGUGGCUGUUUCCUUUUUUGAGAUCAGGAAUUUGCUGUGCUGAGAUUGAAUACAAAAUGAAGCAAACCAAAAAAAAAACAAAAAAAACAAAAAAAUAAAAAAAUAAUCCAGUUAAGAUAUCUCUCCUAUAAUAAAUUCCUAGUUUGGUAACUCUGAUUAUCUGGGAGAGAAUGAUAAUUAUGAGAUUAUUCAUAUUACGUUUCCUAAUUAAUCUAGCCAUUGCACUUCAUCAGGGAAUAUGAAUAAGCUGUACAAAUCCAAAAGUUUAAACGUCAGGAGAUUGUGGCUAGAAGCUACAGUGUGUUGGGGGUGGGGGAGCCUAUUUUAAAAACCUCUGUUAAAAAAAGUAAUACACAUAAUGUCCCUUUUAUUGGUUUCCUUGAAUACACUUUAAGAAAAAUAAUGAUGUUUGCUAGACACAUUUUCCUAUUUAAAUGUUUGAUUAAUUAAAAGUAAUUUAAAAGCAAAAUCCCUAUUAUUCAUGCAUUUAAAUUUUAAUUAAUUUUUACCAGUGAUGACAGGGAUUGAGAUGUUUAGAUUUUAGCAAAAUGCUCUGCAGUCUAUGUUCCCAGUUUCAUAAUGUUUAUAUAAAUGAUAAACUCCAAAAUUUUAAAUUUAACUAUACUUCAUCCUACAAGUUUGCAAUAAUUAACAUUAGAGCACUUAGAUCCUUUCUCAUAUUUCUUCUUUAAAAAAAGCUAUUUUUGAGAUUUAGGCUCAUUAUCCUGCAUCAUUUUCACCUUACAUUGUAGGAUUUUGUAUUAACAAUGAAAAGGAAGGGGAUGCCUUAACAUCCACAAAAUUAAGAUUGCUUACCCAGAAACUUGGCACUUCAGUUUGUUAGAUACAGUAAACUUUCUCUAAAGCAGUCAUUCUUGCUGCACAUCUUACCUAAAUGAAUAAUUUCACCGUGGUGUUGCCAGCCAGAAUUGGUGAACGAUGUUAGUGAUAGAAAGCUAUACAGUCCCUAUUUUAUUAUAUUUCAUACACCAUAAAGUGUAUGAAAGGCAUUUUAUCCCUUUCCCAUUUUAACUGUAAAUUGUCUUCAGUUAAAUAGUGUGCUGCAACAAUUCUAUAUACAAUUUUUUAAAUGGCAUGGUUUUACUUAACAUAAAUGUUGGGAUGGUUUAACCAUUUUUAAAACUGAAAAAGUAUUUUUACUUUAGUCAGUAACAGAAUAAAUAUUUUAUUCUUUUCAUGAAUUCUAUUCUAUGUAUUCACUAAUGGAAAACUUUAGGUAGUAUUACCUAAAGGCUGAGUAUUAGGAAUGUAAGUUUUUUCUCCUUCCCAAAGAUAAGAAUAAUUCAGAUAGGGAAGAUUAUUUUAAGGUAUCGUAUUCCUUGCUAUUACCUCUCACAGAACUUAGGGAACCAGAUAUCUUAAAAAAUGUGGUUAAAAAAAAUCCAGAGUAAUUGUGACUUUUAAUUAAACAUAGCUUCCCAUUCUGAUGGUAGUUUUCUUCCUCUAUUCCUUCAGUAGGAUUUCAGGGCCAUCAUAGUAUAUACCUAACACUUCUGGAUGGCAAGAUAAUCUCAUUAAAUCUACUUGUGAAUCUUCAUAGAUUCAUAGUCUCAACAUUCAUUAUGCAUUCUUAUCAAUCACAAAUAGGCUAUUUGCAUUCUAUUUUUCUCUAUACAAUGCCUAAUAAUUUACAUAUUCAGUAAAAAAAGGUCUGUUAAUGAUACAGUUAUAACAUAAAAAUCUCCAAAGAAUUAAUCUUUUAUUUUUCCAUUUUCUAGUUUUAUUUCUGCCCCGAUAAAAUGUGUUAAUUUUAACUAAGCAUUUCCAACACAAUGUCUCAGAAUUCCCCUAUUUAUUUAGUUAACAAUAGAUUAUGUUCCAGAGAGGUAAGCAAGAUUACCAAGUAAAACAAUGUAGACACAUUCAGUAGCUGGAAUGAAAAGCUAGGAAAGUUUGAAUCCAUUUGUGGAUAGCCAAGAGGAACCCAAGGUGUGUGGAGCCAGGGUCUGUAACUGUGGAGAAAAUAAAGGUGUUUACUUCUUAUGAACAUACCCAUUAUGAAAAAAAUGAAUAAAGGGAGGCGGAAUGAACUCUAGCAGACAUCCAAAGUGCUCUAUCUGCAUGGCUAGAAACACCAGAGUGCUUGAUUAACUUUCUGAUGGCUUCUUGAGAUGCACUGAGGGAAGUUACUCCAUAGCAUCCCUAAAUCUGUAGCAUUCCUAAAUUGGAGGGGGGGUGCUUUAGCAGAGGCUCUUUAAGCCCAAAGUGGCAUAGAUGGAGUAUGCAUGCAAUAUCUCAAGUAUGAGUAGAAGCAUUCUCUUUGGGUUUUGUGAUCCUGUCCACAAAAAUCAUGCAAGAUCCAAAAUUGCUUUUUAUCUAAAAGCAGCUUUCUAAAUUAACUAGGAUUAAGUAAUUUUAUAGGUCUAUUUCAUGCACACAGUACAUAUUGUGAGACAGUACUAAACUGUAUUUUGCUGGAAUAAUACUUUAUUAUAUUUUAUUUAGGACAUCUUAGUUAUGGUCCUAAAAUCCUUUUCAACUCGAUAGUAUAUUUACAGUUCAGUUGACUAUUUUUUUGGUGUCACCUUUAAAUGCAAAUGCUUACUUUUUUAAGAUCUCAUUGUCUCAGUCUUCAGUAGAUAAUAUUUGGGUAGAUGCUGGGUCAGAGUCUUUCUUAAAAAAAUGUAAAUGAAGGAAUUGGCUUUUGGUUUAUAGCUGAAAUAGCCACCUUAUCCUCUCUUGGUCUUAAUUAUUCAGGCUAUAUGAUUUAUCAAGUAUGAUUUAUUUAAAGAGAAACAGCAUGAUUAACUGCAGUGCACUACAGGUUUGAAGAACAGUUAGAAUGAUUUGUUUUUCAUUUAUGUUGGAUCACCUUUCUUGCUUUUUCUGAAAUUGGUCUAAAACUUUUAAUAUAGAUUCCAAGGUAAAGCAGGUUGCCACGAUAUUUUGAGAGAGCAAGCAGUUUGUUGAAACCUGAAAUGUUUUUGUGAUUUCUGUUGAACACCUGAUAAUUCCCAAGCUGGUUUUUCCUUGUUUCUCUUGAGUGGUGUAAAGUCAUGUAGUAGAGAUAAAACUAUGACUGUAACUUUAGCCAAGCGUAUUGCAGAAUAUUUGUGUAAGUGCUGCAAACUAAGAGACUGUGGUCAAAAUGAAUGAAAUACAUUAUAAUGUCAUAUGCUUGCUUUUUUUUUUUCCUUAUUUAUUUUGUGAUUUUCAAGGGGGGUUCAAAUCAAUAGUGUGAAUUAACAAGUUUUAAUUAUAGCUUUUGGAUUUCAUUUCCAUAGUUUUGGGGUUAUCUUCAGAAAAAGCUCCACUUGGAUACAUACAACAUAUAUUCCAUGUUUCCUCAGAUUAUUUUUAAUGAUGUGUGUAAUAUGUUUCAUGAAUAUUUGAAGAAGAUCCAGAGUGGAUCCAAGAUCAGCCUGCUUGAAUAUUUCAGUAUUAACUUGCUUUGUAUUUGUAAAUUUGCAACCUAAAAUUUUGUCGGGUAGAAAUUAAAUUCUUACUCAAGUUGCAGGGAGAUAGAUAUUAGAAUAUAGUUCAGAAAUUUAGAAAACAGAAAUGUGUUUGUGAUCUGGGUAUUUCAUUUGGUAAAACCUCAUAUGUAAUUUUUCCAAUUGAUAAAAUUAUUAAUAAAAACUAUGUUUAUAUUUUCAUAAAUUCUGCUCAACAGAAGCCUUGCAACUUUUUGAAAUGCUUUUAUUUUCUGUUAAUGCAUGUUUUUUAGGUAUGCAAGACUUUUAACUACUCUUUUUGCGUGCAAAGAGGAUGUUCUGAGGAAGUAUUACAAUGAAUGAAAAACAACAUUAUGUUAAAUUUAACUUCCAUUAUUUUUCAAUUGAUUUGUUUCAGGGAAAUUUUCUAAUUGCUUUUGCUAUACAUAUAUAAAAUCAUUGUUUCUCUUUUCAAUAAUAAUUAAAAGAGAGAGAGAGAGAGAGAGAGAUCUUUUGGUAGUACACACAAAUAGAAGCAAGCAAUUUUCUCAGAGUUGUUUCUUGCAUUCUUUACCCCAGUAGAUGGAAAAGUAAAAAUGUGUAAAUGUUUAUUUUAUUUUUUUAUGCAAUAUUGUUCUGUAAAUAUGAGUUAUUAAAUAAGGAUGUACCUAUGAUUGAAUCUUUUGAUUCAGCACAGUUAAGAGUUUAUAUAUAAAAUAUAAAUGUGUCUUGACAAUCAAGGACUUACUGUCAGUCUUCCUUUAUGAUGUUUUAUUAAUGUUAUGCAUUCCAUUUGUUAGACUUGAGUACCAAUGUGGGAAUUUGUAUUGUCUGUAAAGUAUGUAAUGUUUUUACAGCUUGUUUUUAAACUAAAAAGGAAAAAAAAGAACCUUGUAUAUAAAAGAUCAUAGUACUGCUUUAUAUCAGGAGGCAUAUGAUGUACUGUAUGUAAGCAAUAAUGCCUAACCAUGCUAACUGUACAAGUAGCAUAAGGAUAGUUCCAAAAACUGUUUGGGGGAUUCAAUAGCUUUGUUUAAGUUAAUGUUUUUAAUCAAUAAAUCCAACAUUUUUCUGUUUGAAGCAUAAUGUUGUUUACACAGCACAAUCGGAGUUGCAGGAAGAACAGACUUUAGAUCUGUAUUACACCUGCACACACAUUCAUUAUGAAACUAAUGGCUCAGUUGCACUUCUGUAAGAUGAUGAAGACUACAAAUGUUAGUGUCCUGGAAGGAAGAAAAGACUUUUCUCCCACACCAUUUCUGUGCCGCUUGAAAAUAUGAAUAUGCAUCUAUAUAAAUCAGAUUUGUGCAAUACAAAAAAAAAUAGUUCUGUUCAUAUUGUACACUGCAGUUGAGCAUUGAGUCAUGGUUUAUUUUUAUAAAAUUACUUUUUGCUAUAGGAAUUAUCAGUUGAUGAGAUGAGCUUUAUUUAAUUCAAGGAAAAGAAAUCAAAAAGUCAAACUAAAACUGAGUUUGAACUGUGGUUUCAAGCUGUACAGAGCAACAGAAUUAUUUGAAAACUCUCAUUGUUUCAGUGGAGAAAGAUCACAGAUUUAUAAAUGUAAAUGACCUACAUUUUAUAGGAGGAAAUGUUUUUAAAUGCUAGUCAUUUAUAUAAUAUGUGCUUUGAAGGAUUUGCUAGUUCACUUCUGUCACUUUUAGUACACUGGUAUCUUUUUAUAUGUAAUGUAUGCUUUUUAUUAUUGUAGCAAAUCAUUUCACUAGAAGGAAUUUUGCAACAGUGUUUGGGGAAAUUUUAUUGUCGAAAACUAAUUAUACUGGAUUUUGUCUCUGUAGUUUUGUCUUUAUUUUAACAGUGUUGGGAAAAGAAUCCUGGUAUUCAAAUAAACCCAACUUUAUUUUUAGAGUAUACUCAGUGAACCAUGCUGUGUGAUCUACAAAUGGGUCCAGAAAUAGGAUAACUUUGGAAAAAAGCAUAAAGUUUUAUUGUACAGCCCAUUAAAAGAAUGCAGUGCUUGGACCCAAGGAAAGAAUAGAAGAAUUUUGCUGGAAUGCAUUUUCUGAUACAGUAUUUGUUUCCCUGAAAUCAUAUGCAUUCUUUAACUUUUAGUUCAUAAAAUCCCCUCUAAUAUCAAUAAUGAUUUAUUUUAAUGUUAAUACAGUAUUAGCAUACAAUAACAAAUCUGUUUUACUGUUACUCAUGGUUUUAUCAAAGCCAAUUAAAUUCCCAGUUUAAACCUGAAAAUAUGUAUAAAUAAUACAGACCAUUUUGUAUAAACCUUGAAAGUAUAAAUUUGUGUAAUUAUUUUGUAUUUGAAAUAAAUUAGGUGAUGCAGGAUUCCUGGAACAUCAGGAAUUUCGUGA